CUCUUCAUCCAUCUCUUAGUCCCCUAUAUUUACCUACAAAGGCCAAUUACUUCCAACAUAUCCAUCAUGCAGAUCAAAGCUCUUGCUUCUUUCCUAUUCGCCUCCGUGGUAGUUCAAGCCGCUCCCGGCACACCCGUUCAAGAGCGCCAGGCGACUCCGACCGUCUAUGGUCAAUUUUUUGCGGGCACUGCCUGCCUCCAGCGUCUGGUCGAUGACAUCGUGUUCGCUCAGAACACGGAGGAUUGCAUCCCCAACACCAUUACUGGCGGUUACGACAGCAUUAGUUUGACUGGGAACCAUCUUACUCGUACUUUGAGGGUCUACAGCCUCCCUGGCUGUCCCGUCAAUCAGGGUAACUACUUCGAUCUUCAUCCUGGAAAUCCCGACCAGUGUUUUGCUCAGAAAGUUGGCUCUGCGCGUUUCCUCUGAUACGACGCCUGUAGAGCCUAAAAGAGAGCUGAUGGGAUGUGGAG